CAAAACUUAAGAAUAAAAAUGUCCAAACAAUUUUUUUCAAAAUUAAGUCAAAAUUAUAUUGAAGUUUUAGAAGAUAAUGAGUAUUAUGAUAUUACUAUUGAAGUUGGUGAAGAUCCAAAUGUAAAAAUAUUUCGUGCGCAUAUGAUUGUUCUAUGUUAUCGUUCUCCAUUUUUACGACGAAUUUUGGCUUCCAAAAAAAUGAAUAAUGAUGUUACCUUGGUUCAUAUUAAGUUUCCAAAUAUUUCACCAGAAAUUUUUCAGAUUAUUUUAAAGUAUGUUUAUGGUGGUAUAAUUUCAUUAAAUGAGAAAGAACCUUUAGAGAUUUUAAGAGUAUUAGCCGCUGCUGAUCAAC